GUCACGAGUGCAAACUAUUAAUGCGUAGCCACCGUAUCGCUGGUGACUGUGUACCCGGUGUUUACUCCGCAGUGCUACCUGAAAGCUGAAUUAUUCAAAAUAAAAUGGAGUAGGCGGGAGCCCUAGUCUUGAUUGUGUUAGUGAGUCCACCCCUGACGUCUGAUGACACGACAUUGAAGAGAGAGGGAGUUGGUUUGCGAGUCCGUUUACCGAUGAGUGUAUAAUCGCCACUCGAUUUGCUCUACGCACACCGACGCACGGAACACCGUGGAGCCAGACGUGUGGUCCUAUAGCUGGGACAUUUUUACAGGCUCUACAUGUUGUGCAGUGAGGCUGCAUAGUUUUUCUGCCAGAACGUUUUCAGUAGCUGUAGGCUGGGAACAAAAAACAAAAGAUGUCGCGUUCUUUUAACAUUCGCUUCAACAGGUGACAAGGUUGUCUUGCGAUUUGACACCUAUCAAGGCUUCUCUGUGAAACAUUUUUGAGUUGAUAAAUUAUUGUGUGCUUAUAAAAUAUCUUUCACUGAGUUUCACUUGCUAUGUGGUUGAGCUGCAGGGGAAACAUUUAUAAAGUGGAUUCAACUCUCACUGCAAGGGGGGAUAUUGACUCUGGAUGAAAACUAUACCGUGUGUUGCUCAUUGAACUUAGUUUGGAUCGGGCAGGACAGGGAAACAAUUCGAGGGAUCGUUUUAUUAGAGUAAGGAGUUUUGAGUUGAGAGUGACGGGUUGUCUUUGGAGUUGAACUCGUCACUUGGGAUAGGAGGGAGAGUUGGUCCGGAUGAAUGGAACGUUUCUUGCACAGCUUCUGUGAUUUCCCUUGCGAGUGAACGCCACGAAUAAACUACUUUAAAAUCAUGAGUGAAAAUACUGGGAUCAAAAUGUGACCGAGUGCUUGCGUCAGUUAACUUCAACAAGGCGGCAACCAAGCAUCAGCAAGACUUCCAUUUGCAGUUUCAUUAGAACUACGCCAAUUAAAAAUGGCGACUGUUUCGAGCGGACCAGAGUACGCCAUUUUGAACGAUGAUAACCCGAAUUCAACCGGCUUUGAUAACUUUUCCACCACGACCGAGCCAUACUACGCGCGGCCGUCCUACGAAGUGGACACUGCAGUCUUUGCGGCCAAAGUUAUCUCAGUGGGUCUGAUCAUCCUGUUAACCGUAGUGGGUAACACCAUUGUGAUAACAAUCAUACUUUCCAAUAAGCACAUGAGAACCACUACGUACUUCUACCUGGCGAAUCUGGCCGUAGCAGACAUCACUAUAGCAUUGAUAUCGGAAUGGACGUGGCUAGUCAACCACUUGAUGAAAGUUUGGGUGUUUGGGUCGGUCAUGUGCAAGAUGUCCGCACUGGUUCAAGGCGUUUCGGUGCACGUCAGUAUCCUGACGUUGACGGUCGUCGCUGGGGACCGGUACUUCGCCAUCUUGCAUCCGCUGAAAUCUCGCGUGAUUAAGAGGAACGCGGGACUUGUCAUUGCUAUUCUAUGGACAAUAGCUUUCCUGAUCAACAUCCCUCUCCUGCUCAACAUGAGGUACGUUGACUUCACGUGGAGCGAUGGGAGCGAGACCAGUUGGUGCUACGAGUUCUGGGUGACGGACGACGGUACCGAAAACAAGACAGUUCGCGCCAUGUACACUACGCUGAUGUGCAUUCUGGUCUACAUUCUUCCCCUACUGCUCAUGUCUGUGACGUAUAUCCGGAUUGGCUGCACACUGAAAUCGCGCAGUACGCAUGGGCCAGGGGUCACUGUUGGCUCGACCAUGUCAACCCAGGAGCGAUCGAAACGAAAGGUUAUUAAAAUGCUGAUGGUGGUUGUGAGUAUAUUCGCGCUGUGUUGGCUGCCGCUCCACGUGGUGAAUCUCAUCGUUGAUUGGGUACCUGACGUUAAAUCACAAGAUGUUCCGAAAGAGGUGUGGUUUCUUUGCAUGUGGAUGGGGUACGCCAACAGCGCUCUGAACCCGUUUGUUUACUGCGGCUUCAACGAGAACUUUAGGCGGGGGUUCCGGGACGCUUUCACGGGGAGGUGGUGUGCGAACAGAAAGAGACUGGUCAAACCGAAUAAAUCCAUCUGCUCCUCACACACGGACGGAACAGUCGUGGAGUGCACGAGCAUGCUUUGAUGACGUGUGACGAACUGAGCUCUUAAUAACGCAAGCUGAUACGCCGCAGAAUGUUUGGGAAGACAUUUUUUUGGCGCGCUUCUAAAAAGCAGCUUAAUCAAUGAAAAAACAAACCGGGCGGCUGUUUUUUUACCCUACGCAAGAACAGCCCAAGGGCUUUCCUUUCAAGCAUUACGUAUAAUGGAAUGGUAUGGGUUUUUCGUAAUAAACUGAUUAAGUAUCUUUAUAUCCCAUUCAAAAAUCCACAUCCUUAACAAUUAUGUUACCUGUUCUUUUAAAUGCGAAUCAUUUGCGGGAACAAGCCUUUUUUUAACUGGAAGCGAUUCAAGGUCAUUGUUCUUUGAAAGCAAAAAUGUAUAGAGGUUGAAUUCUAAAAGAAGCAGAUUCGAUGUAAGCCACGUCCACUAGUUUGUGGUUUGAAAAACGUAAAGAAGUUUAACCACAAGAAGCGAAUGCUAAGAGAAGCAGAUUCGAGUCAUCAAUUAUUGAGUAUUGACUCUAUUGAUUCGAUGUAAGCCACGCCCACUUCGGAUUGCGAUCAUUAUACUAAAAAGAGCAUGUAAUAGCUGGUUCAAAGAAAAUAUUCUAAAAGUAUUUCAGACUGAAAUAUUUCUCAGAAUAACUGCUAGAGUAAGACAGUACGCUUUUCGGGUAAUUAACAAUUACUAUUAAGUAUUAGGCGAUUAUGCACCAGGCGUAGAUUGGGUCUAUAUACAUGACCAAUAAAACAUGAAAGGAAAUAAGGGUUGUACAGUCCAGCCAGACACUAAAGUACGGCUGGGGAGACCUUCAAAAAUGUUUUGAAGCUCAAUUUGUUUUUUCGAGGAGUCUUUUAUUAGAAUAAAUUCUCUGUGCGCUUUCCCAGUGAUGGUUUUGUGUACAUGUACUGAUAAUCCGGUUUUCAGUCACGCCAUUAGUCUUGGUGCAAGACGUUUCUCGUUUCCUUUUCACGCACAC